GGGUUUUGCAACGUCUGGUUAACAAAGUCCUUAUCACAAACAUCUGGUUGGAGAUACAUCCAUUUCGAGUUCUGACUGUGAUCACCUGGCUGUAAAAUCCUCACAUCCAACUUACCUUGAGAUAUUAAGGGGUGAUUUCAAUUCAGUGAGAUGUUUGACUGCACACAUCACCGGAUAUUAAUCAUCCAAAUGGUGCCAAUUUUACUGUACAACUCUAUUGGCAUGAACUCCAUCUGUAUCACCCUGAACUGAAUUGUGCUGUAUUGAAUUCUGUCUGUGAGGAAAUGAAAUGAAAGAAUUGCUAAAGUAAUCCCUUGUAGACGGUCUGCUGAGAAAAUGACACGCAAGAUCUUUACCAACACCAGGGAGAGGUGGAGGCAGCAGAAUGUUAAUAGUGCUUUUGCUGAGCUGAGGAAACUCAUUCCCACACACCCACCAGACAAGAAGCUAAGCAAGAAUGAAACUCUGAGAUUGGCCAUGAGAUAUAUCAACUUUCUCAUUGACAUCCUUGGAGACCAGGGUAUAACUAAAGUUGGAGCAGCUUCCCAAGCAAAUAUAUUGGGCAUCUUUGAACCUGAGCCACAAAGCAUAGGAGAAUGGACUGUGAUGGAUCCCAGCAGUGACUCUUCUCCUGGGACAAGCAGUGACACCCAGGACUGCUGGUCAUUAGCCCCCUCACCAUAGAACUGAUUGAAUUGGUCAAACGUUAUUUGCCUGUUUAAAAAAUUGGUGUUUCUGCGUGUCUACCUAAUGUAUUAUAUAGCUGUCUAUUAUUUAUAUUUUAUACCUCUUGAACAAGCUGGCAAAGGAAGGUUUUGGGAAGAUCAAGUUAAACUCUGUUGCGCAAUUGCCCUGAAUAGCUAUUUUUUAAUACACUGAACACAUAGAAUACUCAAGAUGCACUUGACUUGGACUACUAAAUAAAAACAGUAAAAUUAUUAACCUACAUGCCCAUCACCUGACUUGUAUUUGUAGGACACUUAUCAUUGUUAGUGGCAUUAUAUGAAGACUCUAAAUACCGAACAUGUACAUAUGUUCAUUUCACUUCCAUAUAUUUAGAUCUUAGAUUGCAGUCAUGUUUGACCUAGGAAUUGAGCUAUAGCUACUUCCAUAACUUUCAACCUGUCAGCCAUCUGAUAUAAUUCAACAAUAGCAAGGGAAUUAUAUUCUAAUACAUUUCUGAGGUGAAAAACACAAAAAUGUACAACUGGAUCUUAUUUGUCAUACAUACAUACAUACAUACAUAUAUACAUCUAUUUAAUUCAUAUUAAAAUUCCUUUUACCAAAGGUUUUAAAUUGGAGCAGGCAGCGAGCAAGGAAAAAGCAAUGAACUGAUCUUACUAUACAGUAUAAUAAAAUGUUAACAUUUUAGAAAAUUUUAUUAUAUGUUUAAAUAUUUGACAGUCUUUAGUAAGAUGUAACCUCAAAAAUUACUGGAAUGUUUUUUUAAAUUAAUUGAAAACAAGUUAUACAUAAAAAAAUCUCUGUUUUUCCUUUGCACUAAAAUGUAUUCAUAGAUGAUUUCAGAGGUGCUUGUAUUAUUAUGUUCUGAAUUUUUUUUAUUUUUGAUAUUUUUAUAGCACUUAAUUUAGAAGCAUACAAAAGAUUACAAAAACGACAAUGAUGGAAGUUUUAAGUUCAAAUUUUUUUUAACUUUAUUGUGAAUGAUUAAUAUUAUUACACAGUUUGUUUAAAAAAAAAAUGAAUAUGUCCACAUAGCUGAAUGUGCCAAUCAGCUAAUAAUGUAAAUUCAAUAUAAAUUACAUACAAAUAUGGCCAAUAUUAUACAAAGUAUGUUACAGAAAUGAUGAUUUGGAAGUGAUAGGUAAUUAUAUCCAAUUCCUUUACAGACAUGUACAUGAUGUGAAAAAAAUGAUCUUUGUAAUAUAAAGUUAGAUGCAAGUAAGAGCUGAGCAUCUUUCAUGGUAACAUACUUUGGAAUUUCCUCCGGCUUGUAAUGGAUCAACAUCUCUCAAUAUUGCUGGGAAGGCAAACUGUGGCUCUGUAGGUGUUGCUCAUUUAGCCACUUCAUGUUUUUACACUUCGUUUUUAUUUUCCUUUCAAAAAAAAUUACAGAAAUGCACAGUAACCUGCAUUAGUUCAUUAAUUCUACCUAAGACUACAAAACAAGGUUUCUGUAAUUUUGAAUAGACAAACUGGAGCAUCUAUGUGAACAAAAAUUUCAA